GAGUUGGGAGGCAGAAGGUAUUUAAAGAGCCGCCUCGAGGCCCCCACAGGUUCAGUCGGGUCUCCCCCCGGGGGAAAGAUGAGGGCGCGCGAGUGGUAGAGCGACACGCGGGUCAAAGAAAGAUGCCCUCCGAUUUUCUCAGUCCUUUCUUGGAGCUGGAUGAUGCUCUUUGCAAGACAUUUCUGAGCCUGAACCUGAAUGAGGAUGGCAGCCCAGACGCCAAGAGCCUCCCUGGAUUCCAGCGCACCUACUCAGCUUGCCCCAUCGCGCUCUCUGCUUCCGGUGGAGGCAGUUCUGAACACCUGGGCGAUGCCGUUGCCCCCCAUGCUGCUGCCAGCCAGGCUGACCCAGCAUGGCCCCUCCAGCGGCAAUGGUGCCGGGACUCUGAACUGCCCCGCACCAGCCUGCAGCACAUCCCCUUCCGGGUGGAUCGGUCAGUGAGUAUGAUUGAGGGCUGCCGCGGCGAGGGCAAGGCGGUCUCGUCACGCUACAAGACGGAGCUUUGCCGGACCUUUGAGGAGAGUGGCACCUGCAAGUACGCGGCCAAGUGCCAGUUUGCUCACGGCCCUGUGGAGUUGCGGGGGCUCAGCCGCCACCCCAAAUACAAGACAGAGCCCUGCCGUACUUUCCACACCUCAGGCAUCUGCCCCUAUGGUGCUCGCUGCCACUUCAUCCACAAUGCUGAGGAACGGCGCCAGCUGGCGCGCAACCCCCAACCCUUCUGCCACAGCGGCGGCUCUGGAGGCUACGCUGCUGCGGAUCCCCAGCCUUCUCUGUCUCCCCCACUGCCAGCCCCUCAUGGCCUGUGCCUCCCACAAACCUUCUAUCCCUGCAACGCCCAGAGCCAGCCCCCCCUUGGCAUCCCUCUUUCCGCCGUCGGCUCCAGCAAGACUGCACUGGGCUCUCCGCCGGGCCCCUUUGCCUUCCCAAACCUCUUAACGCUGCAGAAGAGCCUCUCUGCCGAUUCCCUGUCUGAUCAGGAAGACUCAGGGAGUGCCGGAGGAAGCAGCGGUUCCGAAUCCCCAGGCCUGGGCCCACUGGGCCGCCGACUCCCCAUCUUCAGCCAGCUCUCCAUCUCUGAUGACUGAAGGGGCGUUCUGAGUUGGGGGAAGUGGAAGCAGCAAAGGCUGGAGGCAAGGUGCUGGCUUUUCCCCCUCAAGAGCCGAAGGCAACUGGGAAUGACUGCUCAUGGUGUGUGUACAUUUGCCCCACUUUCUGCCUCUGCUAAACAGGUUCUGUAUGUUUUCCUAUCACUUCAGAAACCUGUGCAAUCUCUUUGGCCGGAGGCACCAGUGAGACGGAAGGUCUCUGCUCCACUCCAUGGAACGCAAAGUCUCUCUCAAACCUCUUCCAACUCUUUUAAAAUUGUUUGUCCUCUUUGGAUACCCUGAGUCUUUUAGGGGUGUUGUUUAUAUGCUGUCAAUUAUUUGAUUUGUGUUUAUUUUUAACAAAUGGAUGUUUCUCAAGCGAUGGAUUGUGAUGAACCACUUCCGUGCUGAUGGCAUUUUGUCAGCUUGAGGGAGGAAUCAAGAUGUUCCUGUGCCGAAUGGUACCUGCCAUUUCAUGCAUGUAAUUGCUAGAAAAGUUGGCUGCCCACAUUGUCCUGCAGGCUGCUGUGUAAGUCUUUUGGGUGUGGGGGAGUGUCUGGUCCAUGUCACUGGAGACCAUGCUGGAACACAAUGCAGGUGGUUGUUUCCAGUGGCGGCUGGUGGCUUCAUGUCAGUGGGGCAAUGGAAUCUGCUCUGGGUUUUAGUCUGAACUUUCGAGGAGCUGUCCAAGUGCAGCACCUUGGAUAGUUCCUUGAAAGUUCAGACUAAAACCCAGAGCAGAUUCUACUGCCCCACUGACAUGGAGUCAACAGCCACCACUGGUUGCUUCACUCUCCUGGCUCUUCUUCCCCCAUCCAAUAGGCAGCUAUCCUGCUUUUUGUGUCUGAAGAUGGCUGCAGCGCUCCCUGGAUCAGGAGCAGUAAUAGGGCCAGAGUUUUCAUGUGCCAUUUAGAAGUGAGGGAGGCUGAUGUUUUCAGCUGGGCUCUUACAUAUAGGCUUAAGGUAGUCUUCCCCAACCUGCUGCCCUCCACAUUUUUUGGACUACAACUCCUGUCAGCUGUGCUAUCUGGGUGCCGUAGUCCUAAACAUUUGAAGGCCUUUGGGGAAAGCUGGCUUUAAGGGCUUGCUUGGCAAAUAAAAUUUCUAAAAUGCAAGGCUUGAACUAUUGUGACCCAUCUGUAUCCAUCACCACCCCGAAUGCACACAAUUGAACUUCAGUGUCCUAACAUUAAACCGUUUGUGUGGAGGGGUAUGUGAAAAAUCUGUAGCCCUUUAUCCUUGUCUUUUCAAAGCUGCAACAUCAUAUGAAUUUUUGAGGGGUGCUGUUUAAGAGCAUUGAGCAAAGGAACUGCUUUGGACGUGACCUAGUAUGAUUUCAGUGGAGAGCCUCCUGUAGAGUGCAAAGCUUUCACCCUGGAGAAAGACCUUAACUCUUUGCAAAUGCAGGCAGGCAAGCUAGAAAGUGAAACUGACAAAAAGAGAAACUGACGAAUUCUGUGAUUUCUUUUUUCUUCUUUAAGGAAGGGGGGAGGAAGUAGAAAACUGACCAGAGGUCAAAAUCAUUUUUAUAAUUUUUUAAAGAGCGUGACGGGGUGGAAUGGAAACUGUUCUAAUGAAGUGUUGCAUUUGGGCACUCGAUAUCGGAAAGAAUGUGCAUACACUGUUUUGACAGGCUAUUUUUGAAUGUCUGGGGAAACCUUUGGACCGUUGACGGUGGCUUCCAGUCUGAGUCAGGAGUGGGAGAAAGAGAUUGUAUCCACUGUGGGUUGUAUUUGCUCAGGCCAAACACUCAAGUGCUUCUUAAUUUUUUAUUUUAUUUUUUGCAGAAGGUGGGAUGGGUGAGUACAAGGGUGCAUGGUGCUGUGUGGUGGCAGCUGCUGCCAGAAUCUGCUGGAAGCCACUGCCCACAUGGAACAGGCAGGGGGGGGGUAAGCCUGAGCUGCUUGUGAAUUGGCGGCUUCAGAGCAGCCUUUGCCAACCUGGUGCCCUCCAGGUGGCUGGGGCUGCUGGAGCUGUAGUCCAAAACGCCUGGAGGGCGCCAGGUUGGCAAAGGCUGCUCUUCAGCAUGCCACAAGAGGUGAAAGGAGAAUACAUCUUGUGUGGUACAGGGAUGGAUGAAUCCGGAGCCGCUUGGGUCACAGCUGUGUGUGUGUGUGUGUGUGUGUGUGUGUUUAAAUGAAGGUGACAUGUGUAGCCCUCCACUUGCAUCUUGCUAUGGCAAGCGUGUGACUUGCUCUGAAACGCACACACAUACUUCAGAUGUGCUCAUCAGGCCUGCUGCCAGUUCUCAUAAGUGUUAAUACACAGAACUGGAAGACACUACCUGGAGAUGUGACAGUAGUCCUCCGGAGACUCAAAAGUGGAUUGAGCGGGUUCCCUUGCCGCCGGCAUCCCUCAUCAAAGCAGCUUUUGUUGGGCUUUGCAGGAGGACCCUGCAAAAACACGUUUGCCCCUGGUGAGGGAGGGGUGAGAUCCAAAACUGCCUUGGAGUCUCUUUGUGGGUGGAGGGAGCUACUGUUUGUCUCCCGCAUUAAUCACUCUCAUCUCCUUAUUUCACAGCCUCUCUUGAUAAAUAAUUGCCAGACCCACCGGUGUCCCUAAACAGCCUCUUUUAUGAGAAAAUGCUGGGGCUGGACUAUCAUCCAGGUUCUCCAGGGUUUUUUUAAGAGAUUCUCUCCUUUUUUUUUUUUUUUUUAAGAAAGUGUGAUUUCUUUUUCAGGGACUCUUUUUCUUUUAAAAUUAUAACUGGCAGCGUUUGCAGUUUAAGAUAAUGUAGCACACAAUUGGAGGAAGAGAAGGGUUUUCCUUUAAUAUGAAUGGGGGUUGCCAGAUUUGGGGGGAGGGUGUUAAAAAGAAUAACCCCUCUUAUACCCUGCUAAAAUAUUUGUGUAUAAGAAUGCAUACAACACAGUCCUUAAUCUAGCACUGGUUUUUCAGCUCUGGAUUUUCCCAGGAACUUUUGAUGUGGUGAGCAUAGGGAUAUAACAAGUAAUCUUGGAUCAUUGGAGAUUCACCCAUUAAGGAAUACCUACACAACUAUUGCACCUUGUACUGUGUAAGGAGUGUAGUUCCCUACCAAUACAUAUUACCUGUGUCUUCAGAAAGUGGAUGUUGGGGCGCGCAGCCGGGCAAGGCCCCUAGAAUUUAUCUGUGUGCCUAUAAACAUACUUGAUUGUGUGAACUCCUCUAAGUAACCAAGUCCCACAAUGUGAAAAGCAGGAAAUCCUGGAUGAAGCUGUAUGAAUAUUAUAUUGUUUAAGGUAACUCUGCAAAUUUUCAGCCUUAAUUCUUAAUAUAUUGUAAGCUAUUUAUUGUAUCCUUUUUUAAAAAAGAACAUUAUUUCUGAUAUUUGGAACCAAAUAUUUUUCUUUUAAUAGAAGUGUAUAUACAGUUCUUAGUUUAUUAGCUAACUUUAAAAUUUGAAAAGCCAAUAUCUGCCUUAAUUUAGUGUGGGAGAUAAUAUUCUGUAUUAACUUAUUGCUGAUUUUGUCUUUAUUUAUAGGUCUCUCUUUUUGUUAAUGGGUUUCAAAGCUAAUCAGUAUGAGUUUUAAAUGAAUGUGUCUGUAUUUCAACUUGACCCAGCUAUAGUAAAG